AUGAACUGCCCUUCGCGAACGGACGAUACUCUCGAACAUGACGGGUGGAACCAGAAUCCGCCACUCCUGGCACCUGACUUGACGACCUGCCAAGACUUCAAUGGCAUUGUGAACGCCCGUGAGAAUCAGGGCGAUGCAGGGGGUUCCUGUGGGUUGUAUAGGGGUCCUGAGUGGGUAGAUGCUCCUCCAUUGAAGACAUUGGAGAAGGGGAGCUCCGUCGCCUCGGGGCGCGGGAUGUCCCUGACAUUGUCAGGACAUCUCGCUCCAUCCAAGGUCAGCCCACAGGCUGACCAGAACAACCAAUCGUUAAACACAAUUCCCCCGCCAUAUCAGACUACAAAAAGCUGGGCACUAUGGCUCUUCUCUGUACUCUGUGGUUCAGUGCUUAUCUCAAACAGCAGACUAAACGAGCACUUUACCUUCAAAAAACAGCUCGUUGUCGAGCAGCCCAUCGACAGCCAACGUGUCGCCCCGAUGAAACGAUCCAAAUGCGCUUCCGGAGGUGUCCGCGGCGAUGCAUACGACCUCCCCUUACACGUCGCAGCACUAUUCAUCAUCCUAGCAACAUCAACCAUCGCCUGUGCAUUUCCAAUUCUAGCAACCCGAUUUCCCCGUCUGCGAAUCCCUCCUUCAUUCUUGUUUUUCGUCAGCCAUUUCGGAACCGGGGUUCUCAUUGCUACUGCCUUUGUGCAUCUACUUCCUACGGCGUUCACUUCCCUAGGAGAUCCUUGUUUGUCUAAUUUCUGGACGACGGACUACCCGGCCAUGCCGGGUGCUAUUGCACUGGGAGGGAUAUUUAUCGUGACUGUCGCAGAAAUGGUGUUCAGUCCCGCGCAGCAUAUUUGUCGCGGGGGAAACUCGAAUACUGUCAAGCAGGCGGCUUCGUCCGAUCAUGAGGAUGGACAGUCAUCCAGCGGAAUGGAUAAUACGAAGAAUGCCAUGAGAUCUCCAGAUCAAAGCACUUAUCUGUCCACGCUCGAUGGAAGGGCUCAUCUACGGGAUAUGGGGCCUCUGAUUGGAAGAUCGUCAAGCAUUAGCAGGGCUAUGAACCGCGUCGGUGAAGGUUCCGAGGAAAUCGUUCGUGUUGCCUCCGCCCCCGAGAUGCCGACCCAUCGUGAAAAGGAUAAUGGGGCUAUUCAAGAGGAUAUCGAGCGACACGACCAUACUUUCGAGUUAACUCCGGAGCAAAAGCAGAAGAAGGAGACGAUGCAGGUUUAUCUUCUUGAGAUGGGUAUCCUCUUUCACAGUGUCUUCAUCGGCAUGUCACUCAGUGUUUCAAUUGGAAACGAAUUUGUUAUUUUGCUGAUUGCUAUCGUCUUCCACCAAACCUUCGAAGGCCUUGCUCUGGGGUCGCGUAUUGCUUCGCUCCCCUGGUCUGAACGACAGCUUCAACCUUGGAUUAUGUCACUUGCAUAUGGCUGCACUACACCCAUUGGACAAGCUAUAGGCCUGGCUACGCAUACACUCUACAGUCCCGACUCGGAAGUUGGCCUACUCUUGGUCGGUGUCAUGAAUGCGAUUUCCGCCGGACUGUUGAUCUUUGCUUCACUCGUUGAAUUGAUGUCUGAGGAUUUCCUCAGUGACGAGAGUUGGCGUAUCCUGUAUGGAAGACGAAGGGUUUACGCUUGUAUACUUGUGUUCUUGGGCGCAUUUUGUAUGAGCAUUGUUGGUGCCUGGGCGUAA